AUAAACUACACGUACCCUCUAAAUAAAUCUCUGGGUUACCAAUUACCUCCUUAACAUAGAAAUCUUUCAUUUUCCAAACAUUUAGUGGCCAAAAUCAUCUAUUAGUUGUAUAUUCUAUUAACAUGUUAAUACCACAAAUAGCUAACAAGUUCUAACCUGUCAAAUUUUUGAACCAAUAUCAACCAGUAAAUCCCUCUUAAAAGUCUCCCUCCCUCCUCUAAUACUAAUCAGUGCUAGCUCCUUUAGUUCCCAAAUCCUGAGGAGGAGCCACACCCCCAAAACCACCACCAACACAAUGAGGGACCUCAACGGACCCUCGCCUUUCUCUUUCUUCUCCUUCGUCGUUCUUCUUUCUUCCCUUUUCUUCUUCUUGGCCCUCGGCGAUGGUGAAGACGGCAGCGAAAAGGGACUUAAGGUCGGAUUCUACAAUCAUUCGUGCCCGCAGGCAGAGAGGAUUGUGCUCCGGGCUGUCGUAAGGAACUCCCUGAUCAAUACGGAGGUCCCUGCCGGCAUCAUUCGCCUCCUCUUCCACGAUUGCUGGAUCAGAGGCUGUGACGCAUCCUUACUGCUAGAACGGACACCAGAGUCGCAGGAAGGGCAGACGGAGAAGGCCUCCCCAGCCAACGGCAAGACUCUCCGCGGUGUUGAGGUCAUCCACGAAGCAAAAGCGGCCCUCGAGGCCGAAUGCCCGAACACAGUCUCCUGUGCCGACAUCCUCUCCUUCGCUGCCCGUGACGCCGUCACCAUCGCCGGCGACCCAACCUUGGACGUUAUGUACGCCGAGGUGCUGAAGGCAAGGUGUCCGCAGACGGAGUCGCUGCUGACCCUGAUCACCAAGGGGCUCGACCUCGACAGUGCAAUGAAGGUCCCCUUCGACGUCGGAACCAGCCAAAAGCUGGACGCUUCGUAUUAUAGGCAUUUGAUGAAGGGGAGGGGGCUACUGACAUCAGACCAGACGCUGACAAAUGAUGAGAGGACAAGUAGGAUAGUGAAGGAGCUUUCGGAGAAACCUGGACUAUGGGAGGAUUUGUUUACAAAAGCAAUGGCGAAACUUUCAGCGGUUGGUGUGCUUGUGGGAGAUCAAGGGGAGAUCAGGAGAGACUGCAGGUUCGUAAACGAAGAUCAGGGAGAAUCAGGUCAGACAGAAUCAGUUCAGACACAAUCAGGUCAGAUGGAAUCAGGUCAGACACACUCAGAUCAGGAGGAAUCAGGUCAGAGAGAAUCAGAGUUUGCCGUUUCAGGGUUCCUCGGAUUUAAUGAAUGA